AUGCUACGAAUCGUUGUUUUCCUAUUGCUCUUCUCACUCCAACUCGAUGCAAAACCUCAGUAUAUGAUGUAUCCCGGUAUGUACGGUUACGGUAUGAUGCCUAUGGGCAUGGGAAUGAUGGGAUAUGGAUACAAUCCUGUCGGAGGAGCGAUACACGGAGCGAUGGUGGGAUCAAUGAUUGGAGCAAUGGCAGGAGGCAAAUAG